AGAGCAAAGGGCAGAGCCUAUUUCCUAGCUAUCUAAAUUGAAGAAGAUACUUCAGACUCUAUAAUCAAAGCGAUCCUGAGUCACACUGGAGUCCACCACUGGAAAGUCUGCACUUCUACUUUCAGUGUUUUAUCUUUUGAUUUGGUGAUACUCAAGCUAAGCUUGUCAACUCCUAACAAUGAAUAACUUCCAGGAUACUAUGGAUCACACACAAGAAAAUGAAAUCCUUAUAGCAACCCAAACAUAUUGCGUGGAACGCCCCAUCUAUAGCUAUCCAGCCUUACAUGGGAAGCUACACAAGAAGGACAAGGUUUCUGACCCUAUUGGAGAUAAGAUAAAACGGGCUUUAAGUUGUACUCCAAAGAAAAUAAGGAAUAUUAUCUACAUGUUCUUACCCAUAUGUAAAUGGCUGCCAGCUUAUAAACCAAGAGAAUAUGUAUUUGGGGAUUUUGUCUCAGGUAUAAGUACUGGAGUGUUACAUCUUCCUCAAGGUUUAGCUUUUGCAAUGUUGGCAGCUGUACCUCCAGUAUUUGGCCUAUAUUCUUCAUUUUAUCCUGUUAUACUGUAUUGUUUUUUUGGUACUUCCAGGCACAUAUCCAUAGGGCCCUUUGCUGUGAUUAGUCUGAUGAUUGGUGGAGUGGCUGUCCGAUUAGUUCCUGAUGACAUGUAUGUUGGUGGAGGAGGUGCUAAUUCAACCAAUAGUACAGAGGAAAGAGAUGCUAUGAGAGUAAAAGUUGCUAUGUCAGUAACUUUGCUUUCAGGAAUCAUUCAGUUUUGCUUAGGUGUCCUGAGGUUUGGAUUUGUGGCUAUAUAUUUAACUGAGCCCUUGGUCCGUGGUUUUACAACAGCAGCAGCAGUACAUGUCUUCACUUCCAUGUUAAAAUACCUAUUUGGAGUAAAGACAAAGAGACACAGUGGACCCUUUUCAGUUGUCUAUAGUACUCUUGCUGUGAUAGCAAAUGUCAAAAAACUCAACAUAUGUUCCCUCGUCGUUGGAUUGAUGUGUUUUGCUUUGCUAUUGGGGGGCAAAGAGUUUAAUGAAAGAUUUAAAAAUAAAUUGCCUGCACCUAUUCCUUUAGAGAUUGUCGCAGUGAUAAUAGGAACGGGCAUUUCAGCAGGAUUUAAUUUAGAAAAAUCAUACAAAGUGGAUGUUGUUGGAUCACUCCCACUGGGGUUAUUAGCUCCUGCUACCCCAGAUUCAAGCCUCUUCCAUCUUGUUUAUGUUGAUGCUAUUGCCAUUGCAAUUGUUGGAUUUUCAGUGACCAUCUCAAUGGCCAAAAUCUUUGCAGUUAAACAUGGCUACCAAGUUGAUGGGAAUCAGGAACUCAUCGCGCUGGGAAUAUGUAAUACCAUUGGAUCACUUUUCCAAACUUUCUCCAUUUCAUGUUCCUUGUCUCGGAGUCUUGUUCAAGAGAGUACUGGAGGAAACACUCAGCUUGCAGGUUGCUUAGCCUCUUUAUUGAUUCUGUUGGUUAUAUUGGCCAUUGGCUUUCUCUUCGAAUCAUUGCCGCAGGCAGUGCUAUCAGCCAUUGUGAUUGUGAACUUGAAAGGAAUGUUUAUGCAGUUCUCAGAUCUCCCCUUUUUCUGGAGGACCAGCAAAAUAGAACUGACUAUUUGGCUUACCACUUUUGUUUCCUCCCUGUUCCUUGGAUUAGACUAUGGUCUAAUUACUGCAGUAAUAAUUGCUCUGAUGACUGUUAUUUACAGAACACAAAGUCCAACCUACACAGUUCUUGGUCAGCUUCCCAACACAGAUGUAUAUAUUGAUAUAGAUGCAUAUGAAGAGGUGAAAGAACAUCCUGGGAUAAAAAUAUUCCAAAUAAAUGCCCCGAUUUAUUAUGCCAAUAGUGAUUUGUACAGUAAUGCACUAAGCAGAAAGACGGGAGUUAAUCCAGCACUUAUAAUGGCAGCAAGGAGAAAAGUCCUAAAGAAGCAUGCCAAAGAAUUAGGAACCAAAGGCAAACCCCAGUCUUCGGUUGUAAAAGUUGAUGAGGAUGCAGAAACAGGUGGGGAAGAAGAUGCAAAACAAGAAGAACAGAUUGAGGAAAAUGCCAAACCGGUGACAAUUGAUUCACUGGUCCAAAAAACAUUUCCACCAGAACUGGAAAGAUUUUUGCCCCCAGGGCCUAAUGUUCACACUAUGAUUUUGGACUUCUCACAAGUCAAUUUUAUUGAUUCAGUUGGAGUAAAAACUGUAGCGGGGAUCCUAAAAGAAUAUGGAGAUGUUGGUAUUUAUGUAUAUUUAGCAGCAUGCAGUGCCCAAGUUGUGAAUGACCUCACUCGAAACAGAUUUUUUGAGAAUCCUUGCGUAAAAGAGCUACUAUUCCACAGCAUUCAUGAUGCAGUUUUAGGCGCUAAAGUUCGAGAAGCACUGGCACAGCAAGAAGCCUUAGCUGAACCUCCAGAAGAGGACUCGGAACCAAUCGUUGACCCAGAGACAUAGAAGAGAUGUUUAACACUUACCAUUAUAAAAUCUCUUCUGAAACUAGGUAGACAUUUUGAAAUGCCAGACAUUAAGGAUUUUCACUUUUGUAGGUAAAUUCUAUUAGUUGAGAACUGCUUGAUUUGGAGGGUGAAUGAAGCAUCUCAAGAUGUGUCACUUACUUGUAUUUUUUUCUGUUCAAUUAUUUCUCAAAAAAUUAUUCAAUCUCUUCAGCUCUGCAUAAAAUUUACAUUUACUGUGUACAAUUAGUAUAUACAAGAUUCUUUUUUAAUGAGGAUGAACCCCUUCCAGGUGAGUGGAAAUAUGUUGGUUGAUUUUUUGAUCUGACCAAAUAGCUUUCAUGUCAACAGACAUGACUGAAUGGCAGAAGAAAGCAUAUAUUUUUACUUAAUUAUUUUUUUAAACAAAAGUAAAAUACACACUUCAUUAUACAAUAAAGUAUAAACAUUAAAGGGUGAAGUAGGUAAGUACAGUUUGAUACCUUUCUCAAUAUAGGUUAUCAGUCAUGGCUUAACUUAACCCUGGUUUUGAUCUCAGAUUUUAAACACUUCUUUCAACUCAUCCUCAAUCUUUAUUCUCAGUGAAGAAAUUGCUUUCUGCCAUGUUAGCAGCACUACACUUCAGGCCACUCUGCCAUCAAAAGCCUUUGGUGUUAUUUCUUAUUACUGUGAUGAGACUUGCUUUCUUGUUGGCAUAAGGUAACAGUUCUUAGAACAAAGAGAGCACAUUUUCCUGGGAAAAGUUAGUUUUCCUUUUCUAAUUCCCUGAUGUCUUCCUUUCUCAGCCCGACUAAUAAGAAAUGCCAGAUAUGUCUGCCUUUGGUUCCUAACUUCCCUAUUUCUCUAGAUUAGUACAUAACAAUGUGCUGGUCUGUGUGAAAUCAAUCUUCUCCCCUUACUUCAAAUCAAAACAUUUCUCAAUCACUUUAUUAUUGUUACUUCUUCCUGCUCUAAUCAAAUUUCCAUUGGUCACUGUUUGUAUUGUCUUUCCCUUAGUAAUCAUCAUAGACAAGAUCAGAUACAUCUGCUUUCUGAUACAGACUGCCUUCUGAAAGAGCAUGCAAUUAAAACAUUUCAGUUUACUCUAGAAACUGUUUUCCAAAAGGUAUUAAUCUUUUUCAAUAUCAGCAAUUUAAACAGAACUUAGUAAGUUUUAAACAGAAAUAUUAUAUAGGUUGGACCACAUAUGCUUUAGUACCAAUAAAGGUCUUAAAGCAGUAUCUUGCACAUUGUAGGUGCUAUUUGUUGACUGGUUAUCUAUUUGAUUUCCCUUAUAUUUUAACCUUUUCUGUAUUUUUUAUUUCUGUAUCAUAUUAUUUGUUUUUAACAGAAUUCUGAUAUGUAUGUAAAAACUGUUGAAGAAAGUCCUGUAUGAGGGGAGGGGAAUAUAUUUUAGUGAUAUCAAUUGGUUUUUUUUCAAAUGUUAUGCCCAAAAAUCGAGGUUCCUUUUGGGUAAAAUGUUUAUGCAGGAUCAUGAGAUAUAUUAAAAUUGCCUAUUUUUAUAGCAAGUGGGAUUUGGGGAUAUUACUAUACAGAGGCCUUUAUUUUCUUUAUUGCUUUGGUACCCCCAAGACCUCCAAGUUGCUACUUCUAAGGCUUUUCAUACUUCAUAUCAUUCUGCCUUCAGAUUUAGAAAGUCAUGGAUGAUUUUUAGGUUAAUAUUACCCAAUUUCUGUUCUAUUUAUUAAUUGAUUUGGGGCCUCUCACUGGCCACUGCACUCUCUUGUUACAAUCUGGAGAAUCCUUGUGGUAAAGAUAGAACUGAAAAAGCAGUCAUCCACUAUAGCCAGUCCAAGUCCUAAAAGUGAGGUUACCAUUGCUGAUCUAUACAGAAGUAUGGGUAUGAUGUCAGUGUAUGAAUGCAUGUUUGACUUUCAGCAAAAGAGUUGGGGAAUUCCCAGUACCAGACAGACGUAGCCUCUACAAUCUUGUAGAUAGCUGGUAGGAGAGUUACCAUCAGUAAUUAGCAAUUCACAUUUAUAUUGUGCUUUACAGUUUACAAAGUGCUUUCUUUCUAACUCAGUGAGGUAGGUAGUAUAUUUUCCCCAUUUUGCAGAUGAGGAAACUGAACCCAAGAAGUUUGUUGAAGCACGGGUAUCAUGGAAAUGUGUUCAGCCUAGAAACAUAAUCUAUACAGGCUCAAAUUGCAGCUCUGACAUUAGCUGUGAUUAUGGGAAAGUCAUUUAAGAGCUCCUGAAUCUCAGUUUCCUCAACUGAAAAGAAAUGUAUAUAAGACCUGGAAUACUUCCUUCACUAGGUUGUUGGAAGAGUAAAAUGAGGUAAUAUAUGUAAAGCACUCUGCAAACUUUCAAGUGCCAUAUAAAUGUCAACUAUUAAAUUUACUUGCUUACCACAAUUAGUAUGUGGUAAAACAUGUUAUUAUUUAAGUUUCAUACUCUCCACAUCAUCCAUAUUGCCUCUCAGAAUUCAAGCACACAAGGAUGGAUACUGUUAUUCUCUAAGUCCUCUGAUAUGUUGUUUAUUCCUGCAGAUUUUUAAGUACAUCAUGUGUAUCUCUUUAUUCAUAUAACUGCCUCUAUAGAAAUGAAAAAAAAGUAUUUCUGUAUGUGAUAACUGCCAUUUUUGGUGGGGGAAAUAUACUCUUCCCAGGUAUGUGUGUAUGAAAAUGAGUAAGAAGACUGAAAGGAUGCAAUGAAUUAAAUUUGGCCCCAGGGAUUGGGGGGGGGGGGGGGAAGAGGGGGGAGGGAAGAGGGUUUGUCUCUGUGUGUGGAGGGGGAGGGAGGGGAGGGUGGGUUGUGUGUCUUUGUGUGGGGAUUGGGGUAAGGGGUUUCUCUCUACUUCUGUGUGCCCCCAUGAGGGGAUGGGAUAAAAUAUCUGCCCAAGUAAGGGGUGGGAGUGUGUGUAUCUGCCCUUCUUUAAAGGUGAUAAUGCAAUGCAAUUUCAAUUCUGAAGUCAUACAAGACUACGUGACACUUUACUAAGUCUGCUAUAAUCAAUACAAAAAUACUCUAGGCCUUCUUAAUAUCUGUAUACUUUCAACAAUAUACUUAGGAGAAAUGGUUAACCUUGGUGUGUCUAGAAUCCUGCUAAUGUAAGCAAGAGCUGAUAAUAGAUUAAAAAAAUAAAAAGUACUACAAGCUAUUUGAAGGCAUAGCAAACAAAAAUACAACUGUAGUAAAGCCAGCAGUAUUCCAAGUAAUCUCCUUGUUCUUUUUUUUUUUUUUUGCUGAGGCAGCAAAUGGGGUUAAGUGACUUGCCCAGAGUCACACAGCUAGGAAGUGUUAAGUGUCUGAGGUCCUUUUGGACUCAGGUUCUCCUACUUCAGAGCUGGUGCUCUAUCCACUGCACCAUCUAGCUGUCCCUCAAGCAUUUCUUAAAAAAGCAUUUACAAUGAUUAUCCAAAUGACUUGGCAUCAUCUGUGCUCAUAAAACCACAUUGGUCUAACUUUUUCAAUAAAUCUUAUACUUCUAAGAAAUUUUUGAAAAAGCAUACAAAACAAUUUUUUUAACCCUGCUGCAUUUUAAAGUAUUAAAGAAAAUGUAAUAUUUGAAGGACUGAAUAGUAAUUUUCCUUUUGAAACAAAAUUUAACUUUUUAUUUUGAAGUAACAUUCACUAGUUUUAUGGACUUUGAUAGAUUUUCAUACAUAAUUUUUUCAGUGGGAUAAACCUGUACUGUUUUGAGAUAUUCAUCUAUGCUGGUCUUUUUUUAAACCCAUUCUUGAGUAUUUACAGGCGGUUCCCACUUUUCAAAGCAUCAUGUUCUUAGAAACAGUACCAUAAAAUAAUCAAAUAUUCUCACAGGAAGUUUUUAAAAAUUAAUUAUUAACAUAGCUGACUAAAGACUAAGCGUUAAUUAAACCUUCACAAUGGCCAGCUGAAUAUCAUAAUAAAGACAAAAUAUUACUUAUUAAGUUGUUAAGUACUGGUUGGUAUAAACACCCAAGCUCUUAAAAUAAUCAGCUGCUUCCUUGGUAUCUGAGAAGUUGAAUUUCUACUUUGUAACUUUAGACAAAAAUUGUUCAGAACCUAUUUCAAUUUUGUUCUUUCCAUUGCAAGCAAAAGCUUCCUUAUAUAACAUCUCCAAGACUGUGGAGUUUAAAGCUGAUUUUUGCAUCUAUUAUUAGAAUAUAACAUCAGGUAGCUAUAUGUGAAAAAUGAAAAUAUUAAGAACAAGUCUUAAUUGUAAUUAAAUUUACUUAAAUCAGAGCAUUACAAAGUCAAGUAUUCUGUUUAUUCCACACAUUUCAAAUCAUCUAUGAUUUUAUUUUCAGUUUAACCUGCUAUUGGCUUACUUUGUUUUACAAUUCAAGAAAAAUAUAGGACAAGGAUUGGGGGUAGGACUAGAAGUAGGAAAGAGAAAAGCAGGACUUGUCUGAUUCAUUUUAUAUGUGAAGUAUCAAGAAAGAAAACUAUGGGUGUGUUUCAAUUGUCAAUAUUUGAUACUUUUUUAGUUUUCAAAACUAUGUAUAAAGAAAUUUCCUUUUUUUUCCCCCAUGUUUUUCCUUAUAAAUUUAAAAUAGAUUUGGCUACUCGAUAUCUGUGGUGGUGGUGUUUUUUUCUCCCCAUACUUCAUAGGCUUAUAGAUUUGGAGUUAAAAAGAACUUUAAGAGUCAACUCUUUGAACUCCACCCCCAUUCCUCUACCCCAUUUCACAGAGAAAAAACUGAGGUCCAAAAAGGCUAUGAAACUUGAUCAUGUUUAAACCAAUAAGAUCUGAAAUUCAAACUGGAGUCCUAAAUAACAUAAAAUUAAAAUGUGUCUAUCUCAUUUUUCUUAUUCAUCAGGAAAGUUGUAAAAACGGCUUUAAAAUAUCAAGGAUCCAUUUAAAGGGCUAGGAAGCUCUCUAAAAUGAAUUUCAAUUAUAUCUUAGCAUCACAGACUGUAAGAACUACAUGAGCCAUUUAGUCCAAUCAGACCUGAACAGUAAUUCCUUGUUAGUGAUCAUCUCUAACAAGAGGUAAUUCCCAUCGACUUUAGAAUAUCUUUGACAGGAAUUUUUUCUUAGAUGAAACUGAAAAUUACCUCUUAAGUCUCCAUCCAAAUACCAGAACAGCAGGAUGGCUUGGGGGGUAUAGGGGAAGACAACUGGUUAAAUAGAGGAGGGUUGACCCUUGAAAGACCCUCCAGCUCUGAGCAAGAGACAAUCUCUCUGGCCAGUGUGGUUACAAGGAUUGGCAUUUUGAGACUCCAUUAACCCACCUCACUUGCAAGCUUAUUUGUAGAUUUGUACUAUGGAUCAAAGUUAAGUGAUUCCGUUAGGGAUCUUAUCCCAGGUUAUAUCUCAUUUUUCUUGCUCUGCCUUGUCACUCUAGUCAUUCCAGGCCUAGCAAUAUCAAUGAUAAUUCUUCCUUCAUUGAAUAAAGUGUCAAAUGCCAAAAGAACACUUGAUAUCAAGUAAUCACUUCAUGUUAAAAGAAAAAAAAGACUAUGCACAGAGCAUUGAGAGAAAGCCUUGCCAUGCUACUAAAUCCUCAUAGUGGUUUUUAUUUUUAUAAACUAAUGACACC